GUCAGCUGGUGACUUUUUUUUUACUCCACUGUUUAUGUUAUUUGGAAUUUGUGAUUACAAUACAAUUUUUUUUCUUUUUUUUAUCUAUACAAUAUCGAUUUUGUUAUUAUAUUAUAUUUUGGCUGGAUUUUGCAUUGCACACUGUAGUAGAAUAAACAACAACGAAAAUACGCUUGCGUGCGCAAACACAAAGAACAAAGUUUUUGGUUGGUGAGAACUACACACAUAGGUACAUUGAUUAGCACUUUGAGAUAAAAUCACUUAGACGACGUCUGGAUAAGCGAGAGCAAAUAAGUUUAUCAGUUUAGUGUUAUCUAAAGUAAAAGUAAAAUUUAACUAAAAUAAGCAUAUACGAUGGCAAGCAACGUUGUUCUACAAUAUGCUCCAUUACAAUCCUUUGUAAAUCCAACCUUUUGGCAUAAAUUAUCUGAAAUCAAAUUAAAUCAUGAUCGUUUAUCGGAUGCGCCAAAACCUAUUUAUGGUUACUAUACCAAUUUCAACGCCAAGGCAUGCCUGCUGGAAACGGAUUAUUCCGCAUUUAAUAGCGACUUCACGGCGCCUAGACAUUACUAUCCCGCAAUCGGUACACUAUACAACAAAAAUACAAUCGAAGAUUUUAAGGCGUGUGAUAAAAAUGAUUUGUUACGUUCGGAAGGACUUAAGUUAUUGGAUGACUUUCGUAAUGACCGUGUUCUGGACGACCCAAAAUUAUUUGCGCGUUUUUUUGUGUUGUCUUUUGCGGAUCUUACAACAUACAAUUACUACUAUUGGUUUGCAUUCACUUGCCCCUUAUCGCCAACAUUAAAGGUACAAAAUGGCUCCUCACCCCAACCAUUGUCGGACAUUCCAGAAUUGGCGCAUCUAGAAAGUUUGAUUAAAAGUCUAGAGCAAAAACCUAAUUUCUGUGUAGUCAAGGCCACAGAGAAGAACACAAUUUUCGAAUUGAAAGAUAUACUAGCUGCGGAUACUACGCAACUAGCGAAUCAAAGUGCUGACAUAUAUUUUGCGUUCUCUGAUCCGAGUGAAUUUGAACAUCCAUCAUGGCUGAUGCGAGUUUAUGCAACGUAUAUUUUUUACAAAUGUCCUGCUUUAAUUGGUAAAGCCGUUAAAUUUUUAGGCUUACGUUUCGAUAACAAAACCGGUUAUGGCAAAAGUCUAAUUUGGACUGUAAUACAAGCGGACCCGGUGCAUUUCGAUGAUGAGACACAAUUCGUUGGUUGGGAGCCAAAUCGUAAUAAUAAAAUGGGUCCACGCAUGGUUUCUAUGCGCGAUAGUAUGGAUCCUACUAUUUUGGUGGAAAACGCGAUAAAUUUGAAUUUGAAAUUGAUGAAAUGGCGUUUAGUGCCCGAUUUAGAUUUAGAUGUUAUUGGCAAUACAAAAUGUCUACUGUUUGGCGCCGGCACUCUUGGUUGUAAUGUUGCACGCAAUUUGCUUGCUUGGGGCUUUAAACAUAUAACUUUUGUGGAUAGUGGUCGUGUUAGUUAUUCAAAUCCAUUGCGACAAACACUCUACACACACGCAGAUGCCAUUGCCGGCAAUGCAAUGAAGGCGGAAACGGCUGCGAAACGUGUGAAAGAAAUUAAUCCAACUGCGAUCUCUACCGGUCAUGUUAUGCAAAUUCCCAUGCCGGGCCACACCAUUGGUGCGUCGUUGGAAGAGCAAACCAAUGAGAAUUUGAAUACUAUUAGACGGUUAGUAGAGGAACAUGAUGCCAUAUUUUUAUUAACAGAUUCCAGGGAAAGCCGUUGGCUGCCAACAAUGUUGGGCAACGUUUUUCGGAAGAUUGUUAUAAACUCAGCUUUAGGCUUCGAUAGCUACUUAGUAAUGCGACAUGGCGCAGGCGCACAAUACAACGAACAAGCAGCUGGUGAUGCUCCACAAGCAAUAGAUAUCGGCGAUCUGAAGUGUAUAAGUGGCGCAAAUUUGGGUUGCUACUUUUGUAAUGAUGUCACAGCGCCAGGAAAUUCUCUCAAGGAUCGUACUUUGGAUCAACAAUGUACCGUCACCCGACCAGGCGUCUCCUGCAUUGCAGCAAGCUAUGCAGUUGAGCUGUUAGUCUCACUCCUACAACACCCACAACGCGAACAUGCGCCCGCCUAUUAUUGUGCAAGCGGACAACCGGAGAGCAAAGUACCAGAAGGUCUACUCGGCGUCAUACCGCACUCGAUACGUGGGCAGCUAUGUAAUUUUGAAAAUAUUUUGCCGGCAACACAGAAAUUCUCACAGUGUAUUGCCUGUUCGGAGAAAAUAAUCUCGGAAUAUCGCUCACAAGGAAAUGCAUUUUUAUUCAAGGCAUUCGAAACAGCCAAAUAUUUGGAAGACUUGACUGGAAUCUCUGAUUUCAAGGCACUGGAUAGCACGAUUAUCGACUUUGAUGACUCUGAUUUGGAAAUAUCUGACGGCGACGAUAUGUAAAAAAUUCCACCAAAGCAAUUGCUGUAACGAAUACUCGUAUUUUGCAUUGAGUUACUUGUCUUUAGCUUAAUUUUAUUAUUGUUGUGCGAAUACAUACAUAGAUAAAUAUGAAUAAUGCAAUUUAUAUAAUAUGAAUUUUUCUAUGAUGAAUUAACCAUUAAGAAUUUAAAUGUAUCCAGAAAAAAGGGUUAAUUUGUGAAUAUACCUACAUAUUGAUAUGUGCAUAUGUAUAUACAUUUGUAUUUGCCUAUUUUAGGUCCAUUUAAAUGCAUAUAAAAUUUAUAUAGAAAUUUAUGUAUUAAAGUGCAAAUAAUGAUUUUAUGAUAGGAGAUGUGCUAGAACAUUAUCCCUUGAAACAACCAAAAAGCAACAACAGCACUUUGAUAUGAAAAACGACCGUACGCACGAACCUAUUAGAACGAAGAUGAGAGGAGUAAGUGCACUGAUAUACCGACUUAGACUGAUCAAACAUGUAUCUAACGGGGGUAGCGAAACGCUAUAACAACAACAACCGACAACUACAAUGUAUGUACUAAGGCAAUUAUUAUGUAUCAAGAUAAAUGUCCGUAAACUAAAUCAUAUGAGUAAUGCCUAAAACCGUCAAUUUUAUAUAUAUGUAUGUAUAUGUAUGCUUGAAAAAAUUAAUAAAUGCAUAAGUAAUG